AUGUCCGACUCUGACGACGACAUGCCUCUGGCUCGCACCAACGGCCAUCUUCCUUCCAGCCUCGCUUUUACUGACGCGCCUUCCGAUAUUUUAGUCUCGACCUCGAGUAAUUCCAAGACCGGAGGUAAAGCCAUGAACCACAGCGCUACCAAACCCAAGCCUGCUCCUGUGUCCAUUCGCAACGGGCCAGUCAACAAUAUGUCUCCGCAAACAAACGGCAAUGGAAAGCGCAAGUCGAGGGUUUCUACCAAUAACGUGAGCUAUAAGGACGCGUCAGAGUCUGAAGAUGGGCGAUUGGCGAAGCGUCAAAGAAAAGUUGUUCCCGACGACUCCGACGAUGAGAUUCUCAGCAAGAGGAAGACUAAGCUACCACCUGCUGCUAAUGAGACUGCUAUGAUGGAAGAUUCGGACGAUGACCAGCCGCUGAAUGCCAAACUUGCUUCUAAGAGGAAGGCUAUCGAAAAGAAUGCUGAAAAGGAAGCAAAGGCCAUCAAUGCGAGCGCUUCUAAAUCGAAGAAACCUACUCCAAAGAAGGCCGUCAAGGAUGAGUCUGAUGAUGAUGUACCCUUAGCAGGUGCCAAGGGGAGAAAGCGACCAUCCAACGGCGUCAAUGGAAAGGGGAAGGCUAACGGCGUCAAGAAAGAAGAGUCUGACUCGGAUUUGCCUAUUCGCAAGAAGGCAAAGACCGCUCCUGGCAAGGCUAAUGUGAAGGCUGAGAAGUCUACCCCAGCUAAGAAAACUCCAGCCAAGAAAGCCAAGAAGGAGGUGAGCGAAGAGCCAGCCGAAGGUGAUGAUGAGGAAGAAGAGUACCGUUGGUGGGACGCCCCCAAGAAAGAGGAUGAUAGUGUCAAGUGGACUACUCUUGAGCACAAUGGUGUUCUCUUUCCCCCAGCCUACGAACCCCUUCCAAAAGAUGUGAGGCUCAUUUACGAUGGCACUCCGGUAAAUCUUCAUGUUGAAGCUGAAGAAGUUGCUGGUUUUUUCGGAUCGAUGCUCAACUCAACCCACAACGUUGAGAAUCCUACCUUCCAAAAGAAUUUCUUUAGCGAUUUCAAGGAGGUGCUCGACAAAACAGGCGGAGCAACAGAUCGAAAAGGCAACAAGGUCAACAUCAAAGAGUUUUCCAAGCUAGACUUCAAACCCAUCUUCGAUUAUUAUCAUGCCAAGAACGAGGCGAAGAAAGCUCGCCCGUCUGCCGAAAAGAAGGCGGAGAAGGCGGAGAGGGAUAAGGCCGAAGCCCCGUAUAUGUACUGCAAAUGGGAUGGUCGCAAAGAAAAAGUCGGCAACUUCCGAGUCGAACCUCCUGGGCUGUUCCGUGGUCGUGGCGAGCAUCCCAAGACUGGUAAAGUCAAGAAACGAGUUAUGCCUGAACAAAUUACCAUCAACAUCGGCAAGAACGCAAUGGUCCCGGUCCCACCUGAUGGCCACAAAUGGAAGGCUGUUCAGCACGACAACAAAGCCACAUGGUUGGCAAUGUGGCAAGAGAACAUCAAUGGUUCAUACAAGUAUGUCAUGCUCGGUGCGACCAGUGCUGUCAAGGGCCAGAGUGACUUCAAGAAAUUCGAAAAAGCUCGAGAGUUGAAGAAGCAUAUCGCAAGGAUCCGCAAGGACUAUACAAAGGAUCUGAAGGCAGAAGCCAUGGCUGACCGUCAGCGAGCCACAGCAGUCUACCUGAUUGACAAGUUUGCUCUGAGAGCUGGUAACGAAAAAGACACCGAGAAUGAGGCCGAGACAGUGGGUUGUUGCUCGCUCAAAUACGAACAUGUCACCCUCCAAGAGCCUAAUACCGUCAUUUUCGAUUUCUUGGGUAAAGACAGUAUUAGAUUCUACGAUGAGGUCACGGUUGACCGACAAGUGUUUAAAAACCUUCGAGUAUUCAAGAAGCCACCGAAGAAGGAGGGCGAUGAUAUCUUUGAUCGCCUAACAACUGCGCAGCUGAACAAGCAUCUUUCCUCUUAUAUGGCUGGCUUGACAGCGAAAGUCUUCCGUACCUAUAAUGCUUCUUACACCAUGUCGAACCUACUCAGGGACUUAAAGGUCUCAGAUUCUACCAUGGCAGAGAAGAUCAAACUAUACAACGAUUGCAAUCGGGAGGUUGCUAUUCUUUGUAAUCACAAGCGGACUGUCGGCGCAAGCCAUGAAGCUCAAAUGGAAAAGCUUGGUGAUCGAAUCAAGGGCCUUAAGUAUCAAAAGUGGCGAAACAAGCUGAUGCUCCUAGAUGUGGACCCUAAACAGAAGAAAAAGAAGGGCGCUGAAUUCUUCGAAAUGGACUCGGAUCUCAACGAAGCUUGGAUCCUAGAGCAUCAGAACUUUUUAGUCGAAGAGCAGCGAACGAAGAUUCAAAAGAAGUUUGAGAAAGACAACCAAAAGCGCCAGGAGGAUGGCGAGAAGCCUUUCCCUGAUAAGGAGCUUAAGGAGCGCCUCCAAGCUGCAGAUGAACUAGCGAAGAAAUUCAAGAAAGAGAAUAAGACUAAGAAGGUGGAAGCCGAAGGAAGAGGUCCGACUGUUGAGAAGAUUGAAAGCAACAUCCAGAAGAUAGAAGAACGUAUCAGAACCCUGGAGCUUCAAGCUGCCGACCGUGAUGGCAACAAGGAGGUUGCUCUCGGCACUUCCAAGAUCAACUACAUCGAUCCCCGUCUCACCGUUGUCUUCGCCAAGAAGUUUGACGUUCCUAUUGAGAAGUUCUUCUCUAAGACUCUGCGUGAGAAGUUCAACUGGGCUAUCAAGUCGGUAGAGGACGACGAUCACUGGGAAUUUUAA